GUCACUCUCGAUCUGUCGUCGGCGAGUUGCUGGAAUAUUUUACGUGAAUAAACCAGCAACCUUUCAAAAUUUAACCUAUUUACACGAAGAUCAGCAGUAAUACUUGGCACUUUACCUCGUUAGAAUGACCACACUUUAGGUUUUGUUGGCAAUCGAGACCUUCGAAGAGAAGACAGUUGAGCUCCAACAGGGAGGAAGCCAUUUUUUACACUUCGACACUAGUAGGCUACAUCUACAUUUGACUUUGUAGACGCAUACUCGGAUACUGUACACACUCCAUGCAGUCCCUGACACGGCUCACAGGCAUAGCAUGCACUAGCAACAGUGCAUAGGGCAAGAAAGAAGUCGAUCAGAUACGGGUCCGGAUUGAAAUGUUGGAGUAGUGCCUGCACUGGCCUAUCCCUGAACUGAAGUGACAUCCGGAGAGUUCAUUCAUUGUUCACCAUGGCAAUGAUGCCUCCGAAGAAUGGCAUCUACAUCGUACAGGGGGAGAUCAACCUGGUGGUCACCGCUAUGCGCAGGAGCAGUCGCUGGAGCACACAGCGCCACCAGGACGAUGAACAAGACCCCCUCCUGAGCAGCUUCUCACAGUUGAAGGACAUUUUGACUAAUAUAACAGAUUUAGAUGAAAUCGAACCAAAUGUUUUCCUUGGGCCAUUCCUUGAUGUAAUAAGAUCAGAAGACACUACAGGGCCUGUCACUGGACUUGCCUUGUCCUCAGUCAACAAGUUCCUGUCUUACGGACUUGUAGAUCCUGGUUGUGAUACAGCAGCCGCAGCGAUAGAGAACAUCGCCGAUGCCGUGACUCAUGCUCGCUUCGUGGGGACAGACCCAGGCUCCGAUGAGGUGGUCCUGAUGAAGAUACUACAUGUACUAAGGACACUACUCCUUACUCCUGCUGGAACCAAACUCACCAAUGAAUCGGUCUGUGAAAUCAUGCAGUCAUGUUUCAGAAUCUGUUUUGAGAUGAGAUUAAGUGAAUUAUUAAGGAAGUCUGCUGAGCACACCCUGAUGGACAUGGUUCAGCUCCUGUUCACUAGAUUGCCCCAGUUUAAGGAAGACACCAAAUGGAUACAAAAUCUCACAAAGAAGUUAAAAAUGAGAGCGAGUGGUAUGGAUCCAACAAGAGGGAGUAAAAAGAAGCGAUCCCCGAAACCUCGCCAGAGAAAGAUGCCGCAGAGCGUCGUGCAGACGUCAGGUUUACAGGCGCCACAUACAACUGGUAUCCCUGAAGAGCGGCAGUCUGAUCUGUCGGCAUCUGAUGAAAGGACUGAUUCAAUGGAGAUUGAAAGGGCAGAUGUACCUGCAGCGCUACAGGAACGUGUUGAAGGAGGCACUGAUGACCAAUCAGGAGCACCAGGCGAUCAGACAGUUGGCAGAGAUGGUGAGAAUGCGGAUGCUGAUCAGUCUCUACAGUCAGUUGAUGAAUAUCCAGAUAUGCCGUGCGUUACUAUAGCGACAACCCCUGUUGCCCCCAGCACCACCGUUGUUGAUAUACAUGAAAGUUUUCAAGAGCGUUAUGAGGAGGAGCGUGAUGAACAAGAUAGGAAUGAAGAUGCAAAGUCCGAGUUGACGGAAUCGACUGAAAUGACACCAGCUGGAAGUAUGCUGUCGGUGCCUGGCGACAUGGACUCGAAAAAAAGUGGUAGUGAAACCGAGCUUGACACUCUGAGCUGUCCGUCUGAAGUUGGUGAUGACCACGAUUCUGUGAUAUCAGCUGCAGAGACAUCAGAUGCCGCAUCUGUUCAUGAGGCAGAGUUUGUUGGACCAAGAGGGGUACGAUUCACCCCACAGCAGUUCAAAGAAGGUUUCGGACCAAUGAUUCCAUACGGCUUGCCGUGUGUACGAGAGCUGUUCAGAUUCCUCAUCUCGCUGACGAAUCCCCUCGACCGCCAUAACAAUGAUGUGAUGAUUCACAUGGGUUUGAGUUUGCUGACGGUUGCACUUGAAUCUGGUGCAGAUAACAUUGGACAGUUCAAUUCUCUCAUUGGUCUAGUCAAGGAUGAUAUGUGUAAAAAUCUCUUCUCGUUAUUACAGUCUGAAAGGCUGUCAUUGUUCUCUGCAUCACUGCGAGUGUGUUUCCUGUUGUUUGAAUCCACGAGGAGUCAUCUGAAGCUACAACUCGAGAUGUACUUGACAAAGCUAAUGGAUAUCAUAAUAUCCGAAUCUCCUAGGAUAUCUUACGAGCAGAGGGAAAUUGCAUUGGAGUCUGUGGUACAACUGUGGAGAAUCCCUGGCCUAGUCACUGAGCUUUACCUCAACUAUGACUGUGAUAUCUACUGUUCAAAUCUAUUUGAGGAUCUGACAAAGUUACUAUCGAAGAAUGCUUUCCCAGUGUCUGGCCUGUACACCACCCAUCUCCUCUCCUUGGACUCCCUACUGACUGUGAUUGACAGUAUCGAGCAGCACUGCCACAGUAGGAUACUAAAUGGGACCAAGCUCACUGACUCAGAGUCAAAGGCAUCAGUCAAGUUUGCUGACCAAGAUGGCGAAGUGAAACCAGAUGAAGAGGAGAGCCCAUCCAGAGACUGUGAAUCUGUACCUCCUGUCCCUGCCUUGUCUGGGUAUUCAGUUGGUCAGAAUAUUCCUGCAGUCAACAAGGACCAAGAGACAGAACCAACCAAGAUCAAGAUGAAGGAUGGUAAGCGUGGCCCGGUCAUUAAACCCAAUCGUAUGAAGGUCACCUCAAGGUUACCUUCAGAGGAAGAGCUGGCAGCCAUCAAGAGGAAAAAGAAGCUGCUUCACACUGGUACAGAGCAGUUCAAUAUCAAACCAAGUAAGGGUAUUGCGUUCCUGCAAGAGCAUGGCCUCAUGUCGACACCCCUCGAUCCUGGUGAGGUGGUCACGUUCCUCAAGGAGAACCCUCGACUCGAUAAGAAGAUGAUUGGAGAGUUCAUCAGCAGUAAGAAGAAUGCUGUCGUGUUGGAGGCUUUUGUCAAAUCUUUCAUAUUCGAUGACCUGAGAGUUGAUGAAGCAUUGCGUCUCUACCUGGAGCAGUUCCGUCUGCCGGGGGAGGCACCUGUCAUUUCCUAUCUACUCGAACAUUUUGCUGAACACUGGCAUAAAACAAAUGGUGAGCCAUUCGUCAAUGCCGAUGCUGCAUUUACGCUUGCCUAUGCUGUGAUUAUGCUGAAUGUGGAUCAACAUAACCAUAAUGUCAAGAAACAGAGCGUACCAAUGACAAUAUAUGAAUUCAGGAAGAAUUUGAAAGGAGUAAAUGGUGGCGCUAACUUUGAAGAAGAGAUGCUGGAGGAGAUAUAUGCUGCUAUCAAGUCAGAUGAGAUUGUUAUGCCAGCUGAGCAAGUCGGUCAAGUCAGAGAGAACUAUCUGUGGAAGGUUCUACUUCGGCGAGGGACAGGACGAGAAGGCCUAUUCUCACAUGCCCCGACCGGGUCAUUUGAUCAUGAUCUGUUUUCACUCAUCUGGGGGCCAACUGUGGCAGCACUGUCAUUCGUAUUUGAUAAAAGUUUAGAUGACACGAUAGUGCAGAAGGCUAUCUCCGGAUUCAGGAAAUGUGCCAUGAUUUCAGCCCACUAUGGUUUGAGUGAUGUGUUCGACAACCUCGUCAUAUCACUCUGUAAAUUCACUACAUUAUUGAGUGCACCAGAGUCACCAGAGAACAUCCCCAUAUUGUUUGGUAACAAUCAGAAAGCCCAGCUUGCUGCUCGUACCGUGUUUGGUUUAGCACAUCGCCACGGUGACAUACUACGCGAGGGUUGGAAGAACAUCCUUGAUUGUUUACUGCAACUGUAUCGAGCCAAACUGUUACCCAAGGUGUUGGUCGAAGUGGAGGACUUUCUCGAUCCAAACGGGAAGGUCUCUUUGAUAAAGGAAGACGUCGGAGCUAAUCAACGACAAGACUCUGGCGUGCUCAGUUCAUUUUAUUCCUACUUUGCCCUCUCCGACAACACGCAGCAACGAGGGCCGACUCCAGAUGAACAAGAGGCCAUCAAAAUCUCCCACACAUGUAUACGUGAUUGUCAUAUUGAACAACUUAUACUUGAUACGAAAUUCUUACGGAUGGAUUCUCUGCAGGAGUUGACCAAGGCAUUAUUAUUCGCUGCCCAAUGUCACCUCAACCAUGAUAACAUAGGAACACAUUAUGACGAGGAUGCCUCAGUGUUCUACCUGGAACAACUUAUCAGGGUUGUCUUACAAAACAGGGACAGGGUAGCUCCUAUUUGGCAAUCAGUACGUGACUACUUCUACAACAUUCUGGUCAACGCAACAGAACCGUCAUUUAUGGUCGAGAGGGCAGUUGUUGGUCUGCUGAGACUUGCAAUAAGGCUGUUACGGAGAGAAGAUAUAGCUCCUCAGGUUUUAACUACACUGCGCAUCUUCUUGAUGAUGAAGCCAGCUGUCAUCCAUUCUGUGUGCCGACAAGUCUCUUUUGGCCUCCAUGAGUUGCUGCGGACGAACGCUGCUAACAUUCACAGUGCAAUGGACUGGUACACUUUAUUUACAUUGCUGGAAGUGGUUGGAGCAGGUUGUUCCCCACCACCCAUGUCAGGGGAUGGUGAGGUCCAGGAGGUCGCGUCGGAUGGAGGUGCCCAAAGUGAUAGCGAGCUACCCAGCACGGCUUCGGAGGGAGCAGGAGAGAAGGGCUACACAUCAGACAGUGAGCUUUACGAAGCAAGAACAACACGAAGUAGAUCCACUCCCGAUCUUGAUGUCCAACCUGCACCAGGUGGAGGAAGUUGGUUGCUGGUCAACAAGAAUAAGUUUGAGGACAAACCUGUGAACCAGUUCAACAUAGUCUUGAACGAGGAGAUUAGACACCAUGAUACCAAGUCGCUGUUGAAAUCAUGUGAAACGUUAGCAUUCCUCGUGCGAGAUGCAGCACAUGUCACACCACACAACUUCCAAAGUUGUGUUCACUGCAUCAGGACAUUUGUAGAAGCUGGACUAAAUGGAGGUGUACCAGUCCGACAACCCAAACAACACAAUCCAAAAGAAAAGAAGCGGCGAUCGACGAUGAAACGCUCGCGAUCAUCUCCUAGUCAUCUUGUAAACCAGACAUCAGAUGAUGAAACUGAGGGGGAGAGCACGACAGGUGGUUAUCAUUCCCUUUCAAUACAGCUUUUAGAUCUGAUGCACACGCUCCACACUCGUACUGCAUCAAUCUUCAGUUCCUGGGCAGAAGAAGAGAAGGCGGCUAAUGGGGAGAACAUAGAUGCUGGGGCUGGCACACUCUGGGUGCAGUGUUGGUGCCCAUUGUUACAAGGCAUUGCUCGUUUGUGUUGUGAUACGCGAAGACAGGUCCGAAGUCAAGCUCUAACCUACCUCCAGAGGGCGUUACUGGUCCAUGAUCUGCAGACUCUCUCGGCCAUGGAAUGGGAAUCAUGCUUCAAUAAAGUCUUAUUUCCAUUGUUGUCCAAGUUAUUGGACAAUAUCAACCCCCAGGAUCAAAGUGGGCUUGAGGAGACCAGGAUGAGGGCGGCGACUUUGCUCUGCAAGGUUUUCCUGCAGCACCUGACCCCACUGUUGUCUCUGUCAACGUUCACUGCCCUUUGGUUGACGAUACUGGAGUUCAUGGAUAAAUACAUGCAUGCUGAUAAAAGUGACCUGUUGUACGAAGCGAUACCUGAGUCACUGAAGAACAUGUUACUUGUGAUGGAUACGGCUGGCAUAUUUGAGUUGACAGAGACCGAGGAAUCACAGCUGUGGAAACUCACCUGGGAUAAGAUUGACACAUUCCUGCCGAACCUUCGAGAGGAAGUCUUCAAGCCUCACAACAAACAUGAGAAAGACCGAGGUCGCAGGUCCCAACCUCCUCCUCAAGGAGACGCUCCUCCAUCUACUCAACCUGUGCCAUCAGAACCUCCAGUCACCACUGCUACAACUACACAGCCUGUUUCUCAAGAGCCUGUUGAAUCUGACAAUCGACCAAGCAGUCCUCUCACCUCAGCAACAGUUCCUAAGUCAUCAGGGUACAUUCUGCACCCGCCCCUUCCAGAUACAUCCUCUACGAGCAAGAUUGAACCAACCAUGCCUAUACUGCUCAACCCUGACGUAAUGCAGCACACAGCUAUACCUAUUAUUUCACCACAGGGAACACCUGAGAGGGUUAGCUCGCCUUCUGUUGUGGCAGAAUCGAGAUGAGAAGGCAGCGUCAUAGGCAUGGCAGUGUGAAGUGUCCUGAAGGGCUUUGAACCAUCAUGCCUGGUGAUACAUAGCAGACAAGGCUCCAAGACAAGGUACAAACCUGCUGGCUGAAUGGUAUGAUAGUGAAAUCAUGUGAUUUACCAGUAAAGGAGACUGGACACCCACCCCUACAGAACCUUGACAGAUUCAUUCAAGAAAAUAAGGAAGAAGAUAACAACUGAUGAUAUACUCCUCAUUUCUCCAGGAGAAGGACUUAAUGAUGAAGAUUUCCAAAUGAAAAUUCCAGUCAUGUGACCACACAAACUGGGCUGCUGCAAAUGUGUGGUCACUUUAUGAACUCUAGGAACUGCCAGCUACAUUCAAGACAUCUCUAAUGCACUCCUUUAGAACCCCCCCCCCCCCUUGGAAGCACUCUCUCUAUGAAUAUUAGGUCUUUAUGGGUGACACGUAUCAAGGUGGCUUGUCUGUUCUUGAAAGGAAUCUAAUGUCACUUGUGUAUUGUCUCAGUCUCACUUGGUUAAGUUAUUUGGUUUUGCACUGUAAACUUCAUGUUCAUUACUUAUUGUGUACUAAUAGACUUUUCGGUUGUGAUGGAAUUGACAAAACUAAUUGUACAUGUAUGUGCUCAUUCUAGUCUUCUACUUCAUUCGUCUUUGAAAGUUAGUGUCAGUUUAUCAGACUGGUUAUCAUACCCUUUGUAUAAUGUAUAGAUAAUAACAUUGAAGAACGGAGCUCACUGGCAAAAUACUGACAAGUCAAAAUGCUUGCUAUAUUGGGAAGUUGUGUUUUACAGUCUUUGACCAAGUGCUGCUAGGUGACACAUUAUAUCUUGGUCUGCAGUGGUCAGGUCCACUUAAUCUCGUUUCGUUUGGGAUGGAGUUGAUGUGUGCAGUAAAGCUCUAGACGAGUGACCAUACCAGCUGAUGCAUGUCAGUUGUUAUGAAGAAUAUUCAGUAAACUUGCUGCUGGUUUUCAUUGGUGUGAGUUUGGAGUUUGGAUACUGAUUUUGCCUGUUAUCAAUAGAUGGGUUGUUAUUCUACAUCGUGUCAGUAUUUGAGUGUUCUUCAUUGCUGGUGAAAAUAGCUUGUGGAUUAUAAGACUUUUCUUUUUGUACAGUUUCCUGUGUAUGGAUUAAUUUAUGAUUGAUUGUUUGUAUAUAUAGCAUUUUGGUUAAACUGGUUGUUCAUUGAGUAUGCUAGGAUUGUUUGACAAAUGUGGCAUCCUACAUCAUAUUUAUGUAUUCUGUGGCAGAGCAUUGGGCAGUCAUGCAAACAAAACUAGUACAUUCUCAAAUGUCUUUUUGGAGAGUCCAUAAUAAUCGAUGUACAUCACAAGUGAAGCUAUGUUCGGAACUGGACAAGGGUGUGAAAAGUGUGAAAAAAUCAGAUGCCAUAAUUUUGAUUGUGAAGCACGUUUCUGUUUGUGGAUCAUUCGUUUGGUGUGCGAAGUGUAAAGGUCACAUCCAAUAGCAUCAUAUAAAGAAAGUGGUUGUACAUCUAAUGUUGGAAGCCGGUUUAACUUGUGUAAGAAUUGGUGGUCAUUUGAACCCAUAUUAUUGUAAGACAUUCUUGUAAUUAAAAUGUAACAUAUCUCGUCAA